CCUUAUACCGGUACCACCACGACCCGUCACAUAAAAUACGAUAGCAGAAGACGACACGAAGCCUCCGCCACCCACCCCACCUCCAUCGUACUCUCAGUCUACCUCGACUAGUGUCACGGUCGUCGAACAUCCUGGGCCCCUACCCAGCGGUCUUGCGAGCACAGUCGCGGCCACGUCGACGGCGCCAUUUCCAUCAAUGUUCACCCCGCCGAACGUGCAGCGUUCGCAUCAUGUGCAGCAUUCUCGCUUUGGGCCUACCCCGCCACAGGAGUUGCACCUCCCGUACGCGUAUUAUGAUCCGAGGUCGGAGUACUCGGUCGCCAUGGCUGACCACCGUGCAAGGAUGAGAUUCCUUGGUGCAGUUUUAUAUGCAGCUGGCGUUUGGGUUCUCUUUGGUGUUUUGGCGGGAUGGUGGGGACAGGCGUGGAGUGAGUGACUGGGUCGUCUCGUAUGGGUGGUGUAUUUUUAGAUGGAUAUCAUGGGCGAGGGUAAAUUCUGGUAUAUUAUAUUUCAUCUUUCACGACAUGCUUGCAUUUGGACUGUAUCACUAUAAUUCUACAUGGGGACUUGUAAUAUGCGUACUAAUGCCGGACUUCCUUUCCACAAACUUGAAGCUCAUUCAAAAAUAAUGGCUGUCAGUUGACAUUUCAAAGGUUUCUACAGCAUGUAAUUUAACGGUUUAGCUGUACAGAGGCUGUUAAUAUCGCCCGUUCUUCUCGUUGUUCAAUACAACAACUAUCUACAGCAUAUCACUCGCCCCAUAUAAGCCUUACCGCCCCAAGAAUGUA